GUCAGGAUAUACUCUCGGUGUGGGCUCUCUUCCGCGACGAUGCAGCGUGCCUCAAUCCAAACUUCCCAGAACCCAUUCCCGGUGCUAGCUCAGCAUGUCUUCUACAACGAUGCUCAAAUUAUUGCUGGGUUGUCACGGUAUCCGACCACACGAGGACAUUCCUUGGUAUCCCUCAAGCAAACUACCGUGGGUCUGUUUUCUCUGGACCGAGGUGACUUUGUAAAGGUCAUGACAUCCAUCAAGGGACUCACAGAGACCCUUGAAGUUUGUUAUAACGUUGGCCGCUGCGCCCGCGUUACUGAAGGAGACAGUUUCCUCUCUAUGAUCCCACUGCAUGACUUCACCAAGGAAUGGAAGCCAAUUCUCGCCGAUUCAAAGGAAUUCAACGAGACAUAUCCAGGCUAUAUCAAUUCCAAGGAUGGCCCCCAGAUGGAUUCGGAACGUCUGAGCCAGAUCGCCUCAUCGAUCAAAGCAGAGACCGGCAUUUCGGAACCAUUCAACUACCGUUUCCAAGGUGACAAGAAUGACAACAACCUGUUUGCACGACUUGUUCGAGGAGAGCUCCCCCAGUCACGUAUAUGGGAAACAGACGAUCACGUCGCGUUCCUAACGCCUUUUGCGAAUACGCCUAGUUUUGCCGUUUUUGUGCCCUGCGCUCACCUGUCAAGUGAUAUCUUCCGUCUCGAAGAUGACACUUACUCCAAGCUCAUGGGUGCUGCGCACACCGUUACUGGACACCUGAUGAAGACGUUUCUCGCUUCUCGCUGCGGUAUGAUCUUUGAGGGAUUCGAGAUCGACUAUGCGCAUGUAAAGCUGAUCCCAACCCAUGAAUCUGAUGCUUUGAGCGGGACACAGAAGGCCACCCCUCCCGUGCAAACCACAACAUUCGAAGAAACUUACAACGGAUACGUUACGUCACUCAACGGACCUCUAUGCAGCGACCAAGGCUCCCUCGGUACCGAUGCUUCAUCUCUGCGCUAGACUAUGGAUAGCGAAAAUUUGAAGCCCCUUAGUAGGUAGAGUCAAUAGCGCACGAAGUACCGAACAUGCC